AUGGACCCCCUUGUCCGCCCAUGCCUCUUCCAUCUCUCCCUCCUCUACCUUCUCCUCACCCACUGCUUCUCCCCCUCCUCCUCACCACCUCCGUUCCCCUCACCCCUCGUACCCUCCUGCUCCUUCCCUUGCCCCGUUCCUCUUCCCGCCUCUCCUCCCUUACUCCACCCUCGCCGUUGCAUACCCACUCGUUUCCCAUCCACCUGCCUCCCCGCCCACGCUCUGCCGACCCUCUUCCGCCUCUUCUGCCGCACUCCCCUCCUCCCCACUGACCUGACCUCCAUCCUACCGUCCCCGAACCUUCUUUCUCCUCUCCCCUCUCUGACGCCUCCCUUUCCUCUCCCAUCAAUUUGCUGGCACACCCGCCUUCACGUCUCCCCUUCACCAUCCCGUGCGUCUUCCAUACCAUCCACCUUCACCAUAACUCCCAUCUCACCCAUGCCUCAAAUCAUCACUGUGACGAUGACUCCCACUAUCGCCCAUAAGUCCUCCCCUUCACCACCACUAUGCACCACACGCCCUUCAUAUUCCUCCUCCCUCUCCAACAUUCCCUCCUCAGAUUUCUCCCCUGCGCCCGCCUCCCCCUCCUCCUCCAACAGGCUCGUCCCCCUCCCCCGUCUCGGCCUCCCCACCGCGCCUGUCUCGCCUGUCACUCGCUUCUGCUUCGUAGCCCCUCCACCGCCCCACCACCCGCCCAUCCUCACACUCCCUGUCGCGCAAACCGCUCCAGCAUCCCCCCAUUCCCCUCCCCCAUUCACUGGGCCUCCCCUCCCCGUUCCACUGCUGCCCCCAUCUGCGUUCCCCCUUCUACUGGUGUAA